AAAAUACCAUAGGCAACCAAUUUUUUUUUUGGUGGGGAUAGCGUGUGCAAUGAACCAAACAGACUCGCUCCGCCUCCGCGCCUCCUCCUCGCUGGAGUCCGGAUCUCCCGCGUGGCCGCGGCCUCCUCGCCCCUCGGCGUCCACCGCCCAGCAGCGGCCGAGCAGCAUUUCCAUGGGAGAAACAAUGUCGGAAGUGAUAACUAAGUUUGCUGUUACAUCGAUGUUCAUGUGGAUGGCCCCAGUUGCAAUCAUCUAUGCUUUUUACCACCAGAUUUUUCCAGGUUUGAGUCAGCUGUCAUCCUCAGUGCAAACGCUGGCCAGUGGGUUCCUUGCUGUCAUAUCGGUUAAUAUUGUGAUCGGCUUCUACAUAUACUCCGCGAUGAAGGAGACUCCCCGCCAAGAGCCACAGCCUGAUGCAACCUUCUUAGCCAACGCUAAAGCAAGUAUUAACCAGCCAACAUCUUCUCAAGUGUGUGAUGAUUCUCAGGGGAAGGGGAAAGUGGAGUAGGCUGUAGCACAACUUGACGUGGGUUUUCUUUCAUUGUACACAUGUUAUUCAGAGUCAGUUGUGUUAUGUGAAUAAAGCAACGUCACACCCUUUCAGUUAGACCACCACUGUCAAUUUUGAGAAGUACAAAACAAGUAUAUGAAUAAUUCGUAUGUGUAAUUCUGCACUUGCCUGAACUCAUGGUGAAGUAAUGUGUUCCUUACUAGAGUUUGUUUGCAAGCCUUAACUAGUGAAUUUAUACUAUAUCUCAU